AUGGAGGAUGAAGAGGUUGCAGAGAGCUGGGAAGAAGCGGCGGACAGCGGGGAAAUAGAGAGAAGACUUGAGGCAAAAUUGAAAAUAAACCAGCAAGCAAAGAAGCCAAGUUCAAGUUCACCUGUGAGAACUGCAAUUGUAAUCCAGGAUGAAUCUCUUCCUGCAGCCCCGCCCCCACAAAUCAGAAUUUUAAAGCGUCCAUCAAAUAAUGGUACUGCGGGAAAUCCUUCAUCCUCGUCUCGACCUUCCCAACAAAUGAAAUCUUUGGCGCAACGUGAGGCAGAGUACGCAGAGGCUCGUCGUAGGAUUCUGGGUAGUGCUUCAUCAGAUGAUACACCUCAGGACAAUCCAUGCCAAGAGAGGCCAGCUCGAAUGACUGCACAGCCACCAUCCGAACCAGUUCGUCCCAACAAUCAUGUGAUCCGCCAGCCUACCGGGCCCGACGGUACCUCAGGCUUCCGACUUGGCAGAUAA